CUCCGAGCUACAUGAUGUCGGCUAGUCUGGAUGUAGAAGUAUGCAGUGCACAGGACGUUGUGGCUGCAGACCCUACUGGGAAAAGCGACCCCUACUGCCUGGUGAGCCUGGCUGGAUCCUCAGAGCCCACCUUCAGGACUGAGACCUGUCUGGCUACACUAAACCCAGUCUGGAACCAGAGCUUCACCUUCCCUCCCUCCUCCCUCACCCCUUUCAUACACAGCACA